CUCUCUCUCUCUCUCUCUCUCUCUCUCUCUCUCUCUCUCUCUCUCUCUCUCUCUCUCUCCUCAGCACAGCUGCAUUCGCUUGUUGCUUGUGUUACCGCGCACACGCUCCAGUCCGUGCGCUAUUCCCAAACUUCCAGUCGCUGAACUGUUGCAGUCGCCUAGCUGGUUAGUGCUUUAUCAGACUAGUUAUCCUCGUGCGAGCUGCACCGAGGCAGCCUGUUAUUAUCCAGUGUGGGAAAUCUGAUCUCUGCCUUCCCCGGGAGGGAAAAGUCGGCUUGCCUGGUGGUGAGAAAUAUUUAGUAAAUGGUUAACAGAGUCUGAGUGUUUACAAGCGACGCGUAAAACUCGCUAGAAUAAUGUAAUCUGAGAGACCUGGAGGCAACAGCUUGCUGUGGUUCAGUGGGGCUCGAAAUAACCACGAGUUAUUUAGAAAAAAUAAAAUAAUAAUAAUUAAAAAAAAAGGCUGAUCAGCCCCGGAGAUGCGCAUGAAACAUCCGAGGAAAUCGCAUCCGAGGAUUUUUGGAGUAACGAUGGCUGGAUGUAAGAGCACUGUGCGUGUGUGACAGACUCGCAGACUGCACAACUUUUCCUUUGAGCAAAUCCUGGAGCAUAUUUCCACGGAUCCGGAAUAAUACUCGGCCACUCGGAUGAGUCGCGCUGGACAGAGCAGGUAGGCUGCACAGGCUCCGCACAGGAACCGCUCGGAUCUUUGCGUUCAUUUGGACACACAGAGCUCCAUGUCUGCGCCACGCCGCAGCAAUUCACUCUGACUGAAGUUCGGGUUAGUGCUGUUUGUGCUGCCAGCGCGAGCGUGAGCGCGAGCCAGAGCCACGAUCGCAGGGAUUACACGCAGCUCGAUCAUGGAAAUCAUGCAGUGUGUUCGGGGUGGAUCAGACCGCGGACGGAGACGCGCAGCCAGCGGGGACACCGCGCUCCUUUUCGGAUCAGUGCAGAGCUGCGACCCGGGAGACCAGCGCUCUGAUCGGGGUAUUACUACGAGCAAGAUCAAGGCGACUUCAGGACUCAGGAAGACGACUGAUCACAUGUCAGACACCGUAAGAAGUUACAGGAGAAGGAGAAAGUUCUCGUUGUGUAUGAGGAGUUACUGGGCGCUCCUCUGCCUCCACAUCCACGUGUUGAAAGCCGUCGCGCAAGGUGACGUGGCCCCAUACUUCAAAACUGAACCAGGGCCUCCGGAAAUCCAUCUGGAGGGGAACCGACUUGUCAUGACCUGUCUGGCAGAAGGGAGCUGGCCUUUGGAGUUCAAAUGGAUCCUUAAUAACACAGAUAUAACUGCAUUCUCCCCAGAAUACAAGUACAUUAUACCAUCCCUACAGCGCUCAGACAUGGGUGUAUACCAGUGUGUGGUGAGAAACCGAAUGGGCGCUCUGCUACAGAGAAGAGCCGAGAUACAAGUGGCAUACAUGGGAGACUUUGUGGAGGCUGACCAGCGCAAGACGGUGACCCAGGGUCGGGCAGCCAUCUUAAACUCACCGGAUGUCAGCUCUUUCCCCCAGCCACAGGUCACGUGGUUCAGAGACGGCUACAAGAUCAUUCCCAGCAGCAGAGUGGCCAUAACCAUGGAGAACCAGCUCGUAGUGUUGGCCACGGCUGCGGUGGACGCUGGGCGGUACUACGUCCAGGCCGUCAACGAGAAGAAUGGCGAGAACAAGACAAGCCCAUCCAUUUACCUGAAUGUGGCAGUAAGCAAGAGGAAUCGUGGAUCACAUGAUUGGGAGGCUCCUGCGGACCCAGUAGCCCCAGUAAUAGUGAUCCCCCCAAGGAAUACAACAGUAGUGGCAGGGGUGAGCGAGGCCACGCUGGAGUGUGUCGCUAAUGCACGGCCUGUGGACAAGCUGAGUUUGGUGUGGAGGAGGAACGGUGUGGAGGUGGCCAGUGGCGUGGGCUCUUUCGGUCGCCGCCUGACCAUCGUUAAUCCCACCACUGCAGACAUGGGACUGUACGUGUGUGAGGCCUCCCUGCUUGACAGCAGCGUCAAGCCAGUCGAGGCCAGAGCUUUCCUCUCUAUUAUAGAGGCUCCCUACUUCACAGCCGAGCCCAGGAGGAAGAUGAUGGGAGAAGUGGAGAAAAGCAUGGAUAUCCCGUGCCAGGCUCGAGGUGUGCCCAUGCCCAAGCUGGAGUGGUAUAAGGAUGCAGUGCCGCUCAGCAAGCUGAACAAUCCACGCUAUAAGGUCAUCCCCAGCAUGGGACUGCAGAUCAGGAGACUGCAGCCUAAUGAUGCCGGCAUCUUCCAGUGCUUCGCCAGGAAUGCGGCUGGAGAGAUGCAGAUCCACACCUACCUAGAUGUGACAAGUAUGGCUCCAGCGUUCAGCACUCCACCAGUCAACAUCAAUGUAACCGACGGCGCUGUGGCCUCCUUCACCUGUCAGGUCUCUGGUGCACCAAAACCAGCUAUAACCUGGAGGAAAGAUGAGCAGAUACUAGCCAGUGGCUCGGUACAGAUUCCACGCUUUACGCUACUGGAGUCAGGGGGACUGCAGGUGCAGCCGGUGGCGCUGCAGGACGCGGGGACAUACACCUGCUACGCUGCUAACAGUGAGGGGGCGAUCAAUGCCAGCGCUGAGCUUACUGUGUGGAGUCGCACCUACAUUUCCCAGCCUCCUGUGGACCGGCGUGUCAUCAAGGGAACGACGGCCAUUUUGGAGUGCGGCGCUGUACAUGAUGUACGCGUGCACGUCAGGUUUGUGUGGAAGAAGGGCGGCGAGGUGGUCAGUCAGUCCAGAGGAGGACGGAUUAGCGUGCAACAAGGCUCUCUGCACAUCUCUCAGACGUGGUCGGGGGAUAUAGGCGAUUACACUUGCGAUGUGAUUUCGCUCGCCGGCAAUGACUCCAAGACUGCACGCCUGGAAGUGAUCGAGUUACCUCACUCACCGCGGAACCUGCAGGCCAGCCUGAAUGCCACAGACAGCCGCAGCGUGCACCUGUCCUGGAUGAGGCCCUUCGAUGGCAACAGCCCCCUGCUGCACUACAUCGUGGAGCUCUCAGAGAACAAUUCUCCAUGGAGGGUGUACUUGCCAAACGUGGAUCCGAUGCUGACGACGGCCGAGGUGACUGGUCUCACUCCAGCACGAACCUACCAGUUCAGAGUGUGUGCUGUCAAUCAAGUAGGGAAAGGACAGUACAGCAGUGAGACAAAUAGAUUGAUGCUGCGGGAAGAGCCGCCCAGCGCUCCACCCAAAAACAUAGUGGCCAGCGGUCGCACAAAUCAGUCCAUUAUGGUGCAGUGGCAGCCCCCUCCGGAGCCGCAGCUCAAUGGUGUGCUCAGAGGUUACGUUCUCAGGUAUCGGCUGGCAGGGCUCCCUGGCGAGUACCAACAGCAAAAUAUCACCAGCCCUGAUAUCAACUACUGCCUCAUCACCGAGCUCAUCAUCUGGACGCAGUAUGAGAUCCAGGUGGCAGCGUACACAGGAGCGGGCCUCGGUGUCUUCAGCCAGCCUGUCGCUGAGUACACGCUCCAGGGAGUUCCCACAGCACCCCCUCAGGACGUAGAGGCUGUUGCUGUCAACUCAACCACCAUCAAAUUUACUUGGAAUCCACCACCUCAGCAGUUCAUAAACGGCAUUAAUCAAGGUUACAAGCUAAUGGCUUGGCCUGAACACUCUCCUGAAGCCACCACAGUGGUGACCAUCACCCCCGAUUACCACGGUACCCGUCAUCAGGGCUACAUCAGUGGGCUGAAGAAGUUUACCUGGUACCUCACCUCAGUUUUGUGCUUCACCACGCCAGGAAACGGCCCACGCAGCACUCCAAAACUCGUCCAGACACACGAGGACAUUCCAGGUCCUGUAGGGCGUCUGAGCUUUACUGAAAUCCUCGACACAUCUCUGCGAGUUAGCUGGGAGGAGCCUGUGGAGAAAAAUGGAAUCAUCACAGGUUACCUGUUGUCCUGGGAGGCUCAGGGGCAGAAGGAGUCACGUGUAGAGCGUACCAUGUCCAACAGCACACUGGAGUACAAGGUGACGGGCCUCACCUCUCUCACGACCUACACCUUAGAGGUGGCAGCCGUGACUGGUGCAGGCAUGGGCACGCUCUCAUCUUCCACCAUUUCCUCUGGCGUGCCCCCAGAACUUCCUGGACCCCCUUCAAACCUCCAAAUCUCCAAAAUCAGCCCACGAUCUGCCACUCUGAAAUUUCGGGCCGGGGAUGAUGGGAAAACGUCCAUUUCUAAAUGGAUUGUGGAGGGACAGGUGGGCAGCACUGGAGAAGAAGAAGAAUGGAAGGUGCUGUAUGAGAAGGAGAAUGAUCCAGAAGCUCAGGUCCUGGAGGUGCCUAACCUGACCCCAUUCACACACUACAGGUUCCGCAUGCGCCAGGUGAACAUCGUGGGCUCGAGCGAGGCAAGUGAGCCAUCUCGGGUGAUCCAGACUCUUCAGGCUCCUCCUGACGUCGCUCCCAGCAGUGUGAGCGUCCGUACAGCCAGUGAGACCAGCGUGUGGCUGCGCUGGGUGCCUCUGCCGGAGACAGAGUAUAACGGGAAUCCAGAGAGCGUGGGCUACAGGAUGCGGAUGUGGCGUGCUAAUCAGCAAGGUGACAUCAGCACUAGGGUGGUGAACGACAGACUGGAGAGAGAGAUCACGUUGGAGGGCUUAGAAGAGUGGACCGAGUACCUGUUCCAGAUCCAGGCUUUCAAUUCCAUCGGCCCCGGACCCUGGAGCGAGCCCGUGAAAGGGCGCACUCGUGAGUCAGUGCCGUCCGGAGCUCCGGAGAACGUGACGGCCGAGGCCAUGAGCUCUACACGCAUGCUGGUGACAUGGGGAGCUGUUCCAGAGCCACAGCAGAACGGCAACAUCCUUGGAUAUAAGGUGCUGUACCGUGAAAAAGACUCGGGUACGGAGCCACAAGUGCAGCUGGUGAAGGGGAACCUAACGCAGUCAGUGUUACUGCGGAACCUGCGCAAGUACGUGCAGUAUGAGAUCCAGGUCCUGGCCUUCACACGCAUCGGAGAUGGCCAGCUCAGCAGCCCUCCUGUCCUGGAAAGGACUAAAGAUGAUGUUCCAGGGCCGCCCAUGAGACUGGUGUUCCCCGAGGUGCGUCUGACGGAGGUCAGGGUGGUCUGGCAGCCUCCAGUAGACCCGAAUGGCAUCAUUAUGGGGUAUCAGGUAGCAUACCGGCUGGAUUCUGGAGAUCCAAAUAAGUUCACCACAGUGGAGGUGGGCGCAGAUACCACACAGUUCACUGCCAGCGGCUUGCUUCCCGAGUCUGCUUAUAUCUUCCGCAUUUCGGCCAAGACCCAGCAGGGCUGGGGUACAGCCGCACAAGCUGUGGUCAUCACUACAGAGAUCAGAGAGCGGCCCCAGCCUCCACUGCAGCUCAGUGUGCCCCAGGACCAGGUUCAGUCACGCCAGCUCAAGUUGGACUGGGUGCCAGGGGGAGAUGGGUCUUCACCUGUUCGCUAUUUCACAUUGCAGCUACGCCAACUGCCCGAUGGAGACUGGAUCACACACUCAUCCUCCAUUAGCCACAACAGCACCUCCUAUGUGGUGGACCGGCUGAAGCCCUACACUUCAUACAAGCUGAGAAUGAUGGCGACUAAUGACAUCGGUGACAGCAAGUAUAGCCGAGAGACCGAUGCAAUUACGACUUUACAAGAUGUUCCGGCUGAGGCUCCUGUUAUUCAGUCGGUGAAGCCCUCCACCACUACCUCAGUUCUGGUGCAGUGGCAGCCACCAAAGGAGGAGAGCGUGAACGGAGUGCUGGUGGGCUACCGGCUGUAUUACCGCGAACUUCAGUAUGACAGCACGCCGCAGGAGGCCAAGAAGACCAUCAACAGCACUUCAGCACGGGCAGACCUGACAGCCAAAAGUACUGUGAAGACUGUGAGCAAUCCUUCACUGACGGAAUUCGAACUCACCCAGCUGCAGAAAUACCAACGCUACGAAAUCGUGAUGACGGCCUACAACAUCAUUGGCGAGAGUCCUGCUAGCACGCCAGUGGAGGUGUUUGUAGGAGAAGCAGCUCCCUCCGUGGCCCCCCAGAAUAUCCAGGUCAACACGGUGUCAUCCACUCAGCUGGAGGUGCAGUGGGAGCCGCCCCCUGUCGAGACGCAGAAUGGCAUCAUCCAGGGCUAUAAGAUUCACUACUGGGAGAUGGACAACCAGAAUGAGACAGAAAAGGUGAAGAUCCUCUUUCUGCCCGAGACAAGUGUGCGGCUGAAAAACCUGACCAGCUACACGUACUACAUGGUCAAACUGUCUGCGUUUAACGCGGCAGGAGAUGGUCCACUCAGUGAGCCCAGGAGGGGGCGCACUCUUCAGUCAGCCCCCAGUGCUCCUAGCUUUAUUACUUUCUCUGAAAUCACCAGCACUACUCUGAACGUGUCAUGGGGAUUUCCUGUGUCGGCGAAUGGAGUAGUGGAGGGCUACAGGGUGGUGUACGAGCCCACUGCCCCUAUUCACGGCAUAAGUAAAGUGGUGACAGUGGACAUUCGGGGCAGCUGGCAACGCUGGUUAAAGGUGCGAGACCUGACAAAGGGGAUGACCUACUGCUUUCGUGUGCAGGCCAAAACCAUCAGCUACGGCCCCGAGGCCGAGGCCAACAUCACAGCGGGACCCGUGCAAGGAUCUCCAGGAUCCCCCCUCAAAACAUCAGUCACUAAGUCUGGCUCUGGCCUGACCAUCCACUGGAUACCGGGAGACACAGGAGCUGGCCAGGUGACAGGCUAUGUCAUCGAGGCACGCCCUUCAGAUGAGGGAUUGUGGGACACGUUUGUUAGGAACCUGCCCCCCUCCAGCACCUCACACACUGUGAGUCUGGAGCGACUGCGCCAUGGAGUCAGCUACCAGUUCAGAGUGCUGGCCAUCAACACGUACGGCUAUGGCGAGCCAAGUGCGCCCUCUGCUGCCAUGUCGGCCCAGAUGGACACCCCGUUUUAUGAGGAGUGGUGGUUUCUGAUCAUCCUCGCUCUGAGUGGUCUGAUUCUCCUGCUGAUGAUUGUUUUUGGGCUCGUCUUGCAUGGACAGAACAAAAAGUACAAGAGCUGUGGAACAGGUAAAGCUGUGUCCACGGUAGAGGAGAGGGUCACACUGGACAAUGGAGGCUUCACAGCUCUGGAGCUAAACAGCAGACCUAUCCAUGUCAAGAGCUCCUUCCUGAGGAAGAACGGCACCAGAUCCCCGCCUCGGCCCAACCCUGCAGGUCUGCGCUACUCAGACGAAGAUAUCUGCAACAACUACAACGGUGCAGUGUCCACAGACUCCACAGCCCUUACAGAAAGAGCUGCAGAGCUGUCUGAAUCUGAGGCCACAGACAGUGAAUGUGAGGAGGAACCGAUUAAGCACUCAUUCGUGAACCACUACAUGAGCGACCCGUCUUACUUCAACUCGUGGAAGCGGCAACAGAAAGGCCUGAAGGAGACGCUGGCCUGCGCAUACGAGGAGUGCGCCAGCAGAGAUGGAGAGGGCUACUAUCAGACUGUCGUGACCCAGCACAGCGUGGGAGGAGUGUACACACCCGCUGGGCAGCCUGCACCAGGCUCACGUACUCCUCUCACAGGCUUCUCAUCCUUCGUGUGACGCUCCCCGAGGAGCAGGACCCCUCUGCAGAUCUCUCGUUCUGGUAACUGAGGGAUUUGGGAAAAGGCACAACACGUGGGAAGACAUUUUAGCUGUACUAUCAGCAUAAGCACUACAAGGGACAAUUUGAAUGUCCUCUCAGAAUGGCUAAUGAGGAGAACUCAUGGAUAAUCACUGGAACCACAGGCUGAGAGGAAAAUAAAGCAGAGUGUAUUACUGUACAUGUUCCUCAUAGGCCCAGACUUGAUUGGAGAAGAUGAGUAAAGACCAGCUGGGGAUAAAGCAGGGUUUUGCAGGGAACUCCUGUUUAUUUAAAGACUUGAUAACUGGCACUACAUUCCUACAGUGACUCUUUAUGGUGGCACACACUCACAGUCUACACAAGCAUUCCUGCCGCUAUUCCCUUUACAGAGGAUUUUACAUAGGGCAAACACUCUGUAAUUACUAUAUACGUUAAACUGUAUAUACUGUCAAGUGUGAAUAAUCUCACUCGCCUUCAGUGUCUCUGUAUAUACACGUGUUCUACUUGUGAUCAAAAAGAUCAUGAAACUGUGACAGGUGUGAUGAGGAAGCACAGUGCAGUGGGACUGAGCCAUGACCACAGCUUCAGAGUUGACUACACUGUCUACUCAACCGGAGCCCAUUAAUCAGAGAGCCAGCCUCGCCAUCAGUCGUGCAGUGAUUCUUUGUGUUGCAUGUCAUCCUCACACAUAACAUUGCGAUUAAAAAUUCAGUUUGUUACCUUUUUUUUAUCAAGCUGAACAACUGCAGUCACUUAAAAUACUUUUUUUAUGUUCACAGAUGUAUAAGUGUAGUCCUAGACCAAACCAGUUUCAGAGAAAUCCUGCUUUCCUUGUACUCACGGCCUGGGUGAAAUGGAUUGUUUUCACUCCAGUCAUGGAGGCAAUCCUUAAAACACAAUCUGUGUUUCAAAUGGUGUACUUCGAGUAACGCAAGAUAUUAGUGUACUAUUAAUAGAGGAGAUGAUGUACUGAAAGAAUCAGAGGCGGCAACCUGUCCUAUCAGCAUAAGGGACGCUAAUUACAAGCAGAAAGCUGUUCCUGUGGAGGCUGUUCUGACACAGGUCAGUGAUGUGAGGUACCACAUUUAGAGCAAAAUGUCAGUGUCUGAAUUGAGAUAUUACUCAGGGACGGCUGGUAUAAAUGUGUUUCAAAGAUAAAACAAAAGACUUCAGUAUAAUGUUUCAUUGUUGCCAUGUACAUCAGAUUAUUUGCUGUUGUCUUAAUGAGGUAUUUUGGAUUUUGGUGGAACCAAGCACAACAAUGGUUGCAAGAUUGAUUCUUAGAUUUCAUGUGCAUUGGGGCUAAUGUUUUUCAGCCCACUUCACUGACACAUGCGUAACACGUCAUCAGCAGUGAUUUAGAAGUCGAACAAGGUGAAUUAUUUACUCUUAAUGCCUGUUCAACUACAAAUAGAUAGACUAAGCACACAUUGUACAAUCAAAGUACAAAUUACACAAAACGACAGAUGACAGAACUAUAAGUUAACGUUUUUUUUUUAAACUAAAGGGUCACAACCUUUCUGUUUACCACAUUUGGAAAUUACGGAUGUGAAACAUUUAGUCAUCACAAAUGCAGCAGCCUAUCUGGCUUUAAAUGUGUGUGUAAUCAUUUUCGCUACAUCAUUCUUAUUACACAAUCAGUGAAACCUUGUGAUGUAAUGCAUAGCUCAACCCUAAUAGAUUCAUUGUCAAGCUACUGAUAGAUAUUAGGUUUAAGACCGCUUACUUAAUAUCACAACCAGCUGUCACUGAUGCUACUACAGGGUGUUCCAGAAGUCUCUGUACAUAGGGGAAAUUAACACUUUUUAGCAAAAUGUCUUCCAGGAUUUUUCAUACUUCUUGUUUUUUUCAGAUAGCCUUUAAGAAUUUUGCUAAAAAGUAUUAAUUUGCCCUAUGUAUGGAGACUUUUGGGACACCCUGUUUAGUACAAAACUUUGGGUAUUUCAGGUACUACUCACGUAUACAGUAUAUUGUAAGAUGAUAGUAUGCCAUUUGAGACACAGGUGCAGUUUUUUAUGUUUUCUCUGUUCAAACACAACUGGUUUAUCUCAUAACAGGUUUGAUUAGCCACUGAUAUGACUCACGUGUGUUUAAAAGCCGUGCAGUACAGGACUGGAGUGACUGGUUAAUCACAGUGAGCUUUGCACAUUAUUAAGUUAUUUCCAGUGUUCUGGACAAGAGACAUUGUGAGUUUGGGGAUCAGAAAUACCUGGGUUCACCUUUUUCUGAAACUGUAUAAAAUUUGAGCACAAAUGAAAAACAUUUCAAUCGCUGGUUUGAGGAAGUCAUCUCAUAUCCAUAACGGCUCACAUGGGGACACGUGUGAAACAUCUUUGGAUGUAACGAUUGAGAUGGAGUGUGAACUUGUAUUACCAGCGCUCAUAAGCCAUAAGGACAUAGCUUUCAUUUUAAUUUUCUUUCUUCUUUCAGUUGCUUUCUAUUCAGAUCCACUUUUCUCUCUUAGUUUUAAAUAUUUGCCUUUUUAUUUUAUGUGCUAGAGAUGUAUAAAGGUGAUUCUUUUCUUUCUUUCUUUCUCUGUCUUUUUUUUUUACUGUAGUGCUGUUAUAGAGUGAUACAGCACCAUUUGUAAUUUUCUUACUAUAUAUGAGUUUUUUGCAGCUUUUGAAGUGGUGGACAAAGCAAAGCAACAUGUUCUUGUUUGUACCUGCCAUUUCACCCCAGCACGAGUGUAUGUCAUCAACAUCCGUGAAGUAAAGGCAGUUUCCCACUUUUUCAGUGAAAGUAAAUGUUUGCUAUUGACUUAAAAGGAAUCAUUAACUUUUUCACAUCACUUACACACUAUUAAAGACACCCAGAAAUGGUUUUGAA